GUCUUCCCCUACUUCAUCAGACAAAGAGGCCAAAGAGGCUAACAAGGCUGAAGAUGAAUGGCGAGCAGCUCUUACAACAUGGCCAUGUGGAAAGUGCCCUAGACUCGCUCAACCAGGAGUUGAAGUUUGCACCACGUAACAAGAAGUUGCACUUGAACAGAGGCGUUGCCUUGAACAAGCUUAAACGAUACGAUGAGGCAGCGGAGGAUGUUCUAUUUGCAUUAGAUUUGGCAAUGACUACAAAGGACAAUGCUGAAGAUAAGGGGUUCAUUGCAGAAGCGUUGCUCAAGCUGGUUAUCAUUUACUACAACCAGAACAAGCUGGAGGAUGCUGUGAAGCUUUUGAACUUGGCCAAAGUUGACUAUGGGCUCAAUUCAACUGAAGCUACCGUUUGGGAACACAACCUGAAACGCAAGGUCAACAAGUUGUCAAAUGGUUCAAUUGAUUUGACUGCCAAGUUUGACUCACUUGGAGACGUUACAAAGCUUUACGUCGCCAGCUUCACUACGACUGAACCACAGUCUUCUCAAUCCAUUUCAAAAGCACUGGCAAAGGAGAAAGAAGAGCUGGAACAAAAGAUGCUAAAUAAGGAUAACUUAUACCCUGUUCCAAAGAACAUCAAAAUUGAUUGGUUCCAAUCCAAUGAAACGAUCACGGUGUCUUUGUUUGUAAAGAACAUACCAAAGGAUGACGAUCGGUUAAAGCUGAACUUCCACAAGGAUUACGUCGAUGUUGAAUUCCCAAUCUCGGAAUCUUCUGAAUUCCAAUACCAUUUGGGUCCAUUCUACAGCUAUAUCGAUGUGCAGGGAAGCUCAUAUAAAGUGUUUGGAACAAAAUUGGAGUUGUAUUUGAAAAAGGCCAAUCCAAGUGUGAAGUGGAGGAAACUUGAAAGGUUAGAGCAUGAGCAGCCUAUAACUGACGAGGAUAAUUUGGAAGCGAAUCCUGUUGAAUCCUCCUCGUCUACAGCUCCAAUGUAUCCAUCUUCCUCGAAGAAACAUAUAAACUGGGAUUCUUUGAAGAUUGACGACGAUGAAGAAGAAGAGACAGGCCCUGAUCAAAUGUUCAAAAGGCUAUACAAAGAUGCAGAUGAGGAUACAAAAAGAGCAAUGAUGAAAUCAUAUGUGGAAAGUGAAGGUACAGUGCUCAGCAUGGAUUGGAAAGAUGUAGGAUCAAGAUUUGUCAAAGUUGCACCUCCAGGCUCUAAAUUGGACGAGGUGGAUGAAAAGUGAUAUACUCUUCCUACACUGAGGAUGGGAUUGGUGUGUGUGUAAAAUGUCCGUUAUUUCAGUAUAAUGUACAUACAGAACCUUUGCUUAAUAUAAUACAACAAAUCAUACAUCAUUAUUAUUAAUACUCAAAAGGUAUCACUCUCUCGAACAAGAUGAUUGAGUUUUCUCAACUGUUCUUUUCUCCAGGUGGAGUAGGUAUCGUCAUCAAUCAUAGUACUCUCUUGAUCGCUAUUUGUGAGAUCCUCUCUAUUCUCUUUAUCACCAUUAUCAUACUCAUCAUCAUAGUUGAUCCCUUUCGAUAGCGACUUUAACGG